AUGGGUGUCCUUGUACGACUCAUUGGCUCUGGUGUUGGCCUUGCAGCCGAAGCCAUCGCUUCAAAGAAACAGAGAUCGCGCUCAAACUCCCCUGGAGCUAAUCUGUCCCCCCAAGCCUCUGCCUCGAGCACCAGGGAUAUAGGACCUUCCUCUUCAAGCAACAAGAGCGAGAAGAAAUCUUCAAAAGCGCGUGAGGCACACGAAGACUUUGAAGAACCACCGCCAGCCUACGAACAAGUUGUCGAAGUACCCGAAGAGCGGGCAGACGAGCUCAUCGCAGAUGGGAAAGCGUUGCCCUUGGACGAGAAACACGGUCCAAGUCAGGAAAGAGAGGGCCACGAAGAUGACAGCGACAGCGACAGCGAGGGCGACGAAGCGAAUUGGGCUCUUGACGAAGCAGCCGAAGAAGUCGCAACGCCCGGAGCCGAAGAUCCCAAGCUCAAGUACGGAAUGAUGGCACAGCCGACGAUCGAAUCGUUCAGCGCGGUGGUGAUGUCGAAAUGCCCGCCUCUGAAACACCCGACAAAUCCGCUGCAACGACCUGUUAUCAUUCCGCAGCGAAGACCCGGCGCUCGAGACCGCGGCUUCAUCCACGCUUACUCGCCGGACCUCGCCGAAAAAGGCAUUUCCGAAGAAGCUUUCCUAUCGGGCGAAUUACUAAUUCAUACCCCGAAAGUAUAG